CUCUCAGUCAGCGACGAGCCCACAUUUUUAUCGAUCGCGCUGAUUGGUGUAAUCUUGUUGAAGGAGCAGACCAAUAGGAACGGAGGUUUAGAUGCAGUCCCGCAGCCCGGGAAAUUUCUGGCUCAGGUUGCUAAUGAUGGCUAAUAAAAUGCUGAAGAGGACAGGAUUGCCUUUAGAUUUGUGUGAGAGGCUUAGCAAAUACCAGAUCAUCAACUGUCGGGAUUUCCUAUCCCUUUCACCUCUGGAGUUGAUGAGGUUCACGGGUCAGAGUAUCCACAAGGUGUAUGCAUUGGCAAAAACUGUCAGCAAGGCUUGUGCCCCUAAAAUGAUCACUGCACUUGAAAUGAAAAAUGAAAAGUGUUCCUGCCCAUCCACUGCCUUCUUCCCCACUUCUCUGGUGGAACUGGAUGAGGUUCUUCAUGGUGGAUUAGCUUGUGGAACUCUCACUGAGGUGACGGGACCUUCAGGCUGUGGAAAGACUCAGUUCUGUAUAAUGUUGAGUGUAUUGGCGACCUUGCCCAUUAGCAAGGGUGGCUUGGAUGGUACAGUAGUUUACAUCGAUACAGAGUCUGCUUUUAGUGCUGAAAGGUUGGUAGAAAUAGCAAGGUGCCGCUUCCCCGAUUAUUUCUGCACAGAGCAGGAAUUGAUUAGAAUGACCAAUAAAAUUCACCUGUACCGUGAACUCACCUGCUCAGAUGUACUGAGAAGAGUUGAGUCCUUAGAAGAUGAUGUUAUCUCGAAAGGGGUGAAAUUGAUUGUAGUGGAUUCGAUUGCAUCAGUCAUUCGAAAGGAAUUUGACACGCGUCUUCAGGGUAACCUUUCGGAGCGUAGUAAUCUGCUGUCGAGCGAAGCUGCCACACUAAAGUAUUUGGCAGAAGAGUUCUCCAUUCCGGUCAUUCUCACAAACCAAAUUACAACCAGGAUUGGUCAAAGACAAGCUGCCAUCUUUAAGCCUGGUUCAAUGGUGGAUGAUUUACUCCAAUCUGAAGGUUGUGGGGUAAACCCUGAUGGGGAAACAGGCUAUGUAACUGCAGCCCUGGGAAACACGUGGAGCCACAGCGUCAACACCAGACUCAUUAUGCAGUAUCUGGACUACCACAGCAGGCAGAUCAUCGUUGCCAAGUCUCCGCUUGCUCCGUUUGCCAUGUUUAUUUUCACCAUUCAGAAUUCGGGUCUUAUUCUUCAAGGUAAAGAUGACCGAAGCAGUUUGCUGAGCGAGGGUACAGACCCUGGACUUCAGCCUAUCAGAGUUCGUAGCUCCAUCGGCCACUGCUCUGGUGGGGACCUGUCAGUGCUACCUCAAGCCAAGCCCUGAGUAAUGUGGGAUCUGAUCAACGUUUGCCCACUGUACUACUAUUCUGAUCGCCUGGAUCGGGGAAUGUUGAUCCUCACCUGCUGAUACUGAGGCUGAGGCCGCUUGCCAAAUGGAGCACUGUUUGAAACGCGGAGAAAUGAUGGACGGGAAUGCACUGAAUUAUUCAUCGAGGAAGCCUUGUGAUGACAGCACAGCGUUUGAAAGAACCAGCUUAGGAAUCAAGUGUUGUGGUAAAAUUCAGUGUGACGUGAAUGAAUCAGAGUAGCACCAGUGAAGAAUUGCCCACAGCCAAAUAUGAGGCACAUCCUUCUGCUAACUUUUAUUCAGGACUCAAGCUCUGGGGGGUUGGGUUUUCCAUUUUAAAUAAAUCUCAACACAACCAUAAUAAUUCAGCCUGUGAAUGCGUGCUAAAGCAAUGAGGUUCAUCCCCAUUCUCACUAGGGCAUGAGGGAGGCCACUGCACUUGUCUCUGAGAAAGGGCUGAUGGUGUAGGGUGACGAUUAAGGACCUGUUUAGUAACUCAGGUCAGAAGUUUUGUGAGGGAUCAGGACAGGGCCACAUUUUGAUGUGCUUUCUGUGGAAUAACCUGUUGAUUCACUGCUCUCACAAGCAGGGAAUGGUUACAGGAAGGUGUUAGGGGUGGUGGCUAUCAGCGGCUUGUACCUCCGCAGGA